AUGUACCAACUCCAGCUUCCUCACCGCGAGCACCCGAAGAUGGAGCCAGCUCCGCCAACGAACAAAUGCUGGGUCACGCUGAUCACGGGCGAGAAGUAUCUCCCGGGGCUGGCCGUCUUCUCCGAGUCCCUGCUCCGCUCCCCGUGGGCGUCCGAGUACCCGCUGGUAGCCAUGGUCACGCCCGACGCGGGCGAAGGCCUGCGGCAGACGAUAGCGGAGCUGGGAUGCCGGCUGCGCGUGGUGGACCCGCUGACGCCGGCUCCCGACCAGCAGCCCGCGCACAUGGCCUUUGACCACUUCGGCGGCACCUGGACCAAGCUGCGCGCCUUCGGCCUGGCCGAGUACGACAGAGCGGUCCUGGUCGACUCGGACAUGCUCGUCCGCCGCAACAUGGACGAGCUGUUCGACAUGCCGCUGCGCCGCGACGCCAUCGCCGCCGGCUUCGCCUGCACCUGCAACCCGAACAGGAUAUCGACAUAUCCAGACGACUGGACCCCCGCCAACUGCGCCUUCACCCCGCAAACCCACCCCGCCGCCCUCACGCAUCCCACCCCGCUCGCCCCGUCCUCGCCGCGCACCCACCGCCUCCUCAACUCCGGCCUCGUGGUCCUGCACCCCUCCCGCGCGCGCAUGGCCGCCAUGGAGCGCGCCAUCGCCACCGACCCCCGCGUGCGCGCCUACCGCUUCCCCGACCAGGACUUUCUCGCCGACUUUUUUGGUGGGGAGGAUGGGGAUGGAUGUGGUAGAUGGACGCCGCUGCCGUGGUUUUACAACGCGUUGAAGAAGUUGCGGGGGACGCAUGCGGCGGUGUGGAGGGAUGGGGAGGUGCGGUGUGUGCAUUACAUUAUCAACAAGCCGUGGAGCUUCGUCCUGAGUCCGGACGAUCCGGAUUAUGUGACGCACUCGUGGUGGUGGGAUGCGUAUGAAGCCCGGAGUUGGAGCCCGGCUAUCACCAAGCAUGUCUCGAGGGAGCUUCGUCAGGGCUGA